AUGCAGUACUCCAAGACUUCCGUCAUCCUCUCCCUCCUCCCAUUCACCCUCGCCCAGGACUAUGGUUAUGGUGGUGGUUCCGCAAAGGGCACGACAGGCGCUGCAGCAGCUGCUGCUAGCACUACUGCCUCUUCAUCUGGCCCUAUCCACACUGUGAAGGUUGGAGAUGGUGGUCUCAACUUCAGCCCAAACAGCUUCACGGCGAGCGUAGGCGACACUGUCGAGUUCCACUUCUACCCAUCUCAACACUCCGUCGCUCAAUCGUCCUUUGCGGCGCCAUGUGCACCAAUCAACGAUACCGCUUUUUUCAGUGGCGGCUUCAGGACCACAUCGGGAGUGAACACAAACACAUUCUCCAUUAAGGUUAACAACACAUCUCCAAUCUGGUUUUACUGUGCAGCCCCAGGCCACUGCGAGGGUGGUAUGGCAGGUGUUAUCAACCCUCCUGCCGAUGGCUCCAGGACUAUUGAGCAAUACCAAGCUGCUGCUGCAAAUGUCAACGAAACUGUCGCUCCAAAGACAGUUCAGGGUGGAACUGUUGGCCCGGCACAGGCACAGAGCUCUGGCACAGCGAGCGGUACUGCCUCAGGAACCUCGAGUGCUUCACCAACAGCCACUGGCAAUGCUGCUGUUGAGGCGAGAGGAGCUGUCAGCUGGUCGUUGUUUGCUCUUACUGGUGUUGCAGCUUUGGGAUUCGGUGGUUUGAUUGUUUAG